CCUUGACCGUUUAGGUUGUGUAUGAAACAUGUUUCAACUUAGACGAAUAAUAUGACUAAAACAACCUGUAAUGCUACAUAUUUAGCAUAAAAUAAAGGUUAAGGUAUCCAAAUGAUAGAACGAUUGGAUGUGCAUGUUUACAGUGUGUCUUCUGAUUUAAAUAAAAGCAUUUCCAUGCGCCGUGAACAACGAACAAAGAAAAACUGUCAAGUUUGUUUCAGACCGGUUCAUCUAGUCGAGCCAUGAUGAGAUUUGUGUUUUGCAUCGCCGUCUUAGCGGCUGUAGUUCAAAUCUCACAAAGUGCAUUAGGAGGACCUCUUGGUAUGGCACUAUUUGGACAACCAAACCCCUUGAUGUUAGGUCAGUAUCCACCACAUGGGGUGGUAAGUGGGGGACAGGGACAAGGUCGCACACCGGGAGGACAAGGUCCCAUACAAGGAGGACAAGGUCCCAUACAAGGAGGACAAGGCCCCAUACAAGGAGGACAAGGUCCCAUACAAGGAGGACAAGGCCCCAUACAGGGAGGACUGUGGCAGCGACCGAACAGAAACUGGUAUUCGCGGCUCAUGUACUGGCGAAUGAUGGACAGCAUGUUUGAUAUCUGGUAAUCUCAAGCCACAGUUCACGUUUUCUUGCCCGCAGUAUGAAAAGAAAAAAAACCCAGACCAGCACCUGGCAGUGUACGACUCGGGAGAACGCUAUAUAAUCACGCUUGGAAGUUCUGUGUGCGUGAUAUUAUAGCCUAGUGUUUAUUUGUACUCGUAAAUAUUUAUUAAAUACAUGUAUAUAACAUUUACGCAUAUUUAGUAUAUUAAAUGUACUCUCAAAAAUAAGCUUUGAAAACUAUCAAAUUAAUAUUGUAAACAUUAAUCAACUUUAAAAUUGUCGUAUAGUUAUUUACAUAUGGCUUCAAUUCAUACUUUUAUAUGGAGUAUACUCUCAAAAUGAAGACCUGAAAUAUAAUUGAUAUUUUAAACAUUAAUAAACUUAAAUACAAUAAUCUGUGUGCUUGGAAUAGCUUAGUGUUUCUUUACACUCGCAUACUGUGUGACUAGUAUAUUGCUUUAUAUAUAUAUAUAUAUAUAUAUAUAUAUAUAUAUAUAUAUAUAUAUAUAUAUAUAUAUAUAUGCAUGCAUAUUUUUACAUUAAAUGUACUCCUAAACUGAAGAUUUGUAAUUCUUAAGUAAACCUAAUAUUUUAAACAUCAAUAAACGUAAAGUGGAAUUAGAAUGCAUUCUUUGGUAAUUUUAGAAUAAUUAUAUAUAUAUAUAUAUAUAUAUAUAUAUAUAUAUAUAUAUAUAUAUAUAUACUUACCGAUAUGCACGUGUAACUUGCAUUGUUAUUUAGCACUCGGUGUUAGCUUACAUUGGCAAAGUAGCGAACACAAUUAGUGAGAUUCUUUCACCUUUGAAUUGCUAUGACUGAAUUAGUAUCAUUUGUGAUCUAUUAGGUUAGAUACAGCCUUUCCAUCAAGUCCGGUGAGUGGAAAUAAACAAAAACGAAAACGUUAUACAGUAGACUUUAAAUUUAAAGUUACUUCUUUAACAGAUGUACAUGUGGGUAGUCUGUCAUAUCUGCCGUACGCAGUUACAUUCCUAGAAUACUCUUAAAUAAUUUUACUGUGUUUUCUGUUCAAACAGUCUAGAGUUUCUGAGCGGUGGCGUUUAUCUUGGAGAUAAAAAACAUACACCGCCAUAAACGUAUUCGUAAGUGAAGAAAUAAGUAUUAUUUUCAAGCAGAUACUAUUCAAUUUCAGUUGGACAAUAUAGUAGAUUUGUACAUAUAUAUGUUAUAUCAAAUUUAAUGGCAAUAAACAGUUUAUACAGCUGA